AUGGCCCAGGACUGGGAGGCGGUGCUGUCGGGGAUGACGGCGGGCAGCCGGUCGCGGAGCUCCAGCAGCGAGGCCAGCCUGGCUCCCCGCUUUCUCCUCAGCAAGCAGAGCCGCCUGCUCAAUGGGACCACCCGGAGCACCCGCGCCACCUCCCCCAUGGGCCGUGUCAUCCUCAUCAAUGCCCCCAUCGAAGCCAGCAGCAACGAGAGUGACAUCAUCAAUGCCAUCACGGUGGAGAAGAGUGCGGAUGGCAAACUGGGCUUCAGCGUCCGUGGUGGCUCUGAGCAUGGGUUGGGCAUCUUUGUCAGCAAAGUGGAGGAGGGCAGUGCUGCCGAGCAGGCUGGGCUGUGUGUUGGUGACAAGAUCACAGAGGUGAACAGCGUGAGCCUGGAGAACAUCACCAUGAGCAGUGCUGUCAAGGUCCUCACCGGCAACAACCGCCUCCGCAUGGUGGUCCGGCGGAUGGGCCGUGUGCCAGGAAUCAAGUUCUCCAAGGAGAAGACAGCAUGGGUGGAUGUGGUGAACAGACGCCUGGUGGUGGAGAAAAGCGGCUCAACGCCAUCGGAGAGCGGCUCCGAGGAUGGGCUGCGGCGCAUCGUCCACCUCUACACCACCUCUGAUGACUACUGCCUGGGCUUCAACAUCCGUGGUGGCAGGGAGUUUGGCCUCGGCAUCUAUGUCUCCAAGGUGGACCCUGGGGGGCUGGCAGAGCAGAAUGGCAUUCGGGUGGGAGACCAAGUCCUUGCAGCCAAUGGAGUCAAGUUUGAAGACAUAAGCCAUAGCAAGGCAGUGGAGGUGCUCAAGGGGCAGACCCACAUCAUGCUCACCAUCAAGGAGACAGGCCGGUUCCCUGCCUACAAGGAGUUGGUGGCCGAGUACUGCUGGCUCAGUCGCUUGACCAACGGGCAGCUGCAGCAGUUGUCUCAAACCUCAGAAACCAGCUCCUCCAUCUCCUCCUACUCCUCGGGGCCAGCACCAGGGACAGUAAACGGGCUGGGGAUGGCUGCCCCAGGGCCCCCAGCCCGCACCGUGGAUGUGGCCAUCUCCACGGAGGAUGGGCCGCGGCGAGCUGAGGAGAAGCGGAAGAAGGAGAAGCCAGAUGGACAAGGGGCACGGGGAGCUCCCCCAGGGCUGCACCGGUCCAAGACCCUUGUCAACCUCUUUUUCAAGGGGGGUCGUGCCACCAGCCAGAGCUGGGCCCUCCCAAGCCAGGAGGCUCCUACCUCUGACCGCCGGGCACGCACUAAGUCCCCAGGGCGCUCCGAUGGGGACAGAGUAGGUGCUGUGCAGAAGUUUGUCAUCCGGAGCCUGAAGCGGGAGAAAAGCCAGCGUGCCAGCAUCCUGGGCCCCACGGGCAUCACCACCCUGCAGCCCAAUGGCAGCGAUCCUGAGGCCCGGCUCCCGCACAUCCAGGAAACCGCCACACGCCUCCUCAGCCCCGACGAGGUGACAGCCGUGCUCCGCCACUGCUCCCGGUACCUGCACGAGGGCAGUGUGGAGGAUUUGGUGCGGCCACUGCUGGCUAUCCUGGACCGGCCUGAGAAGGUCCUGCUGCUGCGGGAUGUGAGGAGUGUGGUGGCCCCCACAGACCUGGGCCGGUUUGACAGCAUGGUGAUGCCCUUGGAGUUGGAAGCCUUUGACGCCCUAAAGAGCCGCUCAGUGCGCUCACCUGCCCUCCGACCAGCCCACCAUGAUGUCCCCCCCAAGAGACACCUCAUCACACCAGUGCCUGACUAUCGGGGUGGAUUCCUGCUGAAGCCGGCAGGAACCCCAGAGCUAGAGGAAGCUGGGGAGCAGCAGGCAAGCCCAGCCCGUCCAAGAGCAUCCCCCAGCCCCCGCCGGCUUCACCCCCGCACCUACACCCCGCUCCCCGACGUGCCAGUGGAUGCCUAUGCCUGCACCAGCCGCCCCCUGCCCACCCUUGGCCCCGGGCCCCCCAACUGGCUGCUGGCUGAGCCCCCCCCAGGCAAGAGGCACGGGCGCUCACGCAGCCCCCGGGCCACCUGGCGCAAGGAGUCCUCCGGGACGGCACCUGACAGAGGGGCCGAGGUGCUGGGGAAGCCCCGGCGGGCACGGGCUUCUCUUUCCCCUCUCUUUGGGAGGACAGGGGGUGAGGCGGAGGCUGGAGCAGCCAUCAAUGGCCCCGAGGAUGCCAGCAGGGAAGAAGAGGAGGAGGAGUAUCGUCUGCUCACUGUCACCCUCUCCAAGCUGAAGCACUCACUGGGGAUCAGCAUCUCCGGUGGCAUCGAGUCAAGGGCACAGCCAGUGGUGAAGAUUGAGAAGAUCUUCCCUGGUGGAGCCGCCUUCCUCAGUGGCAUCCUCAAGGCCGGACAGGAGCUGGUGUCGGUGGACGGGGAGAGCCUGCAGAACGUCACGCACCAGAAGGCUGUGGACAUCAUCCGCCAGGCCUACCGCAACAAAGCCAAGGAGCCCAUGGAGCUGGUGGUGCGGGUGCCUGGAGCAUCCUCAGACUGAUGCUGUACCUUCCCUUCAAGGAGCCAUCCCAUGUUCCAGAAGAGCCAGAUGGCUUAUUUCUACACUGAGCUGUGGCUGGUCUUAGCAUAGCCAGAGGGUGGGAGAGCCAGACCCGCCUCAAGGGCACAGAGCAGCUGCCCACUGCAGGACCCAAAAGAGAGCACCACUGGCAACACAGGAGAUGGACAGAUGGCCCCUGACCCCUCUCUGGACACACAGACACAGUCCUGAAAAAAACACAGCCAGGGGCUUGUUUUUUAAUCGCCGUUUCUGGGUGGUACAUGGGCGAGCCAGGCUCUGGGAACGAGACACGACUAGAAUAAAGUACAAAAAUCCCCCCCUGGAGCCAGGGGUGACCAAGCCA